AUGUCCCACGCACCAUCCCUACAGUCCCUGGCGGGCACUCGUCGCGAACUUGACCCAUUCGAACUCCAGGCCCGUCCGCUGCAGCAGCAACAACAGCAGCGGCGACAGCCCUUCGACUACGACCAACACCACCGCCCCACCUCGCCAGCACAGCGAAGGGCAAUACCGGCCUCGCUUGCGCAGAUCCAAGUACCAUCCUUCUCGGUCUUUCGCUCGCAGCUACCCAUCWCCCCAUCCGGUGCUCCACUUAAACCUGCACAUCAUCAAGCCCUCCAGCCUGCCAGAGCCUCGUUCUCCCGCUCCGAGAAGGCCUCGCCGCGGUUAUUCGACCCUACCGCGCGACCAGUCUCCGUCGACAGUCCGCAGCUGUUACAACCACAACAAUUUAGCAGUAGAGUGGCUACACAGGCUUGGGAGAGUGGAUUGGAAUCACCGCCGGAGAAUAGAUCUUCCUACACUAACCCGAGAUCUCAACCAUCCCACGAUCGCAGUGCCUCGAUCGACUCCCGCAUAGUCAGCACGGCUGCCUCCUCGAUAUACAGCCAGUCGCAGCGACGGUCCAGCAUACCCAUUCUCUCGAGAUAUGCGCCAGGACGACAACAAGACCUUUACAGUACAUACGACGAUCGCGAACGGUUUCUCUCAAGACAGCCUGACGAACGCUACUUAAUGAACACUGCGCAGCCAGCACCAACAAUGACUCUGCAGCUUGACGGAAUUCAACGGACUUUGACAGAGGAAUCGCUAUACGCAGAGUCGUUUGACUCGCAAUCCAGAAGACCCAAGUCGCCUGGAGGGCUUGGGAUUGGGUCUUUCUUUGGCUGGAAUGCGUCUGGGAAGUCAGCGAGCGAUUCACCUACAACCACCUUUUCCGAACGCUCUCUUUCGCCGCUGCCGUCGCCUGGACUAGGAAUGUCUCGGUCAGGCACCGAUGCGAAUGGCAGACCACGGCUGACAUCCCCUGGUCUGGACAUGGCAAAGGCCAACAUGCCCAAUGCAUACUUUCACAAUCCAGAGACACCUCUACUUCUCGGCAAUGGCCCGAACAAUGUGCACGUCAGGGAGCUGGAACGCGAGCUUUCUCACGUCAGUCAGGAAUUGGCCGAGUCUAUUCGGAGGGAAAUGGAGCUAGAAGAUGAGAUGGAUCGCCUACGAGCUGAGCUACCUUCAAUGCCUUCCUCCGAUCCAAACCAGCGGAGAACCAGCGAUUACUUCUCGGAUAGCGGCGCGAGCUCCACUCGAUUUCCCAUCUCAGACUUUGACGCCAAGCUGGAACAGAUGGAAAGGCAACUACGGAAAGUUGAGCAAGAAAAGGCGAAUCUCCAAGUAGAGACGGCAGCCCGACUACAAACCGAGCUCGGUCGGAGGAGAGAUUUAGAGGAGCUCGUUCGUGAUCUUGAAGACCAACUAGAUAAGCGAGGCGAGGAAGAAACGCCCGCGGAGAAGCUCGAUGAGCUGACGACAAGUCUGGAAGAGACCAAGAGACGUCUAGGACAGGAGAAGAUGACCAAGGAAAACUUUGAGGACCUCUACAGUGCCACCCGAGAAGAGUUGGAAAGGUUGAGGAACGAGGCAGAUAACUUGCGGGAUGAGGUCGUACCGCAAUUGAAGGCACGGGUCGAGGGUCUGGAGUCUCAGGCCGCGGAUACACAGGGUUUGGUGUACGAGAACACUCGCAUGCAACAAGAGCUGGCUACACUGCGAGCAGGCAACGACGGCAAUCACUCGAGAUUUAACAGCAUCGCUGAAGAUGGUGUAGCAUCUGCAAUUGGCCAUCGUAUGAGCCUCYACAGGUCAGCGACGGGGUCUCUGACAAGGAGUACCAGUCUGCGACGGGGCGGCUCCAUCAAAGAUGGCCGUGAAGGAGGACGUCAGCGAUCUGGUUCUAUCGGACAAGGAUUAGUUCCGGAGGUUUUCAAAGAAAUGGAAGACCAGAGGGAUGCUCUGCACAAAGCCCUCAAAUUACUGAUCAGACGCUACGAGAGACAGCAUCGGGAGCAUGAACGCGCAGUCAAGCAGCUCACCAUUGCGAAGAACAAAGCCGAGGCCACCACUCCCAAACGGACCGCCUUCACCAAAGAAGUUGCCUUUUUGAAGGAAGAAGUCACGACUUUGAGGAAACGAACAGAGGACGCUCUCGAGACAAAAUGGCAGUAUGAGAAGAGCCUUUCUGGUCUGAAGAUGGACCUGGACCGGGCGGAACAGGAGACUCGUGGAUUGCGUGUCAUUCUCCAAGGAGCCGACAUGAGUGGUUCUGAGUCUGUAGACGCCAAUGCCGAGGACGAACAGCUCAAAGUCAGCAUCACCCGAGCUGAGACUGAGAGGGAUCAUGCACGGCAGGUCGCAGAAGACUACCGCCAACGAGCACGCACCGCGACGGAUGAAAGCUCCGAAGAACUGAUGGCAUCCGCCAAACGUAUGGACGAGCUGGCGGAGCAGUUGGAAAGCCAGGUGCAAUCUCACACCGGGCUCCGCAACCGUCUGUCGGCUGCAAUUGCGAAAGGUGAGCGGGAGCAGCGGGAGUCGACCCUUCAGAUUGAGGAGAUGCAGAAGCGUCUCGCGGGUAUGGAGGACAGUGUGCUCGCAGCGCAGCAACACUCGGAGACUACGCUCGCCAAUCACGACGCGGAAGUGCGCCGGAUUGAAGACUCUACAACUCCCCAGCUUUCCCGACUCCGGAUUUCCAUCCCAGAGCCCAGUAAGCUUGGACCUCCGUCACCCAUGAUGAAGAGGAGCCCAAAGCUUGGUGGGAGAUUGAGCGAGACGAGUCUGCUCGAGAUGAGCCGCACCCAGAUUCUAGAGCGCAAGGUGAAGGAGCUCGAGGCUCUCCUCCGUGAGGCCGAGGAGGAUGUCCAGACUGUCGUCCAGCGCGUCAAUCGAAGCCAGCUCGAAGUCGCGGAGCUGCAGACGGAGCGGGACGUCGCAUUGAACCAGAUGCGGAAGCUACAGGGUCUUGUCGUUCAAGAACGCCAAAAGGCCGAUGCUCUGAUGCAGUAA